AUGUCAAAUCUCCUAUUGCCCCUUAUUCCGGCUGUCGCACUUCUAUUGUUGGUUGGCUGGCGUCGCGUGAAACAGAAGAAUAUCCCCUUACCACCCGGUCCUAAGAGUCAUGUUUUCAUUGGCAACUUGUUUGAGAUGCCCAAAGAAGAUGACCCCAUGGUGUAUAGCAGAUGGCAGAAGACGUAUGGGGACAUGAUAUAUGUCAAUGUCCUGGGCAAGGACUUCCUCAUCAUCAACUCAUUGAAAAUCGCGGCGGACCUUUUGGAGAAGCGGUCCUCCAUCUAUUCUGGUCGGAACUACUUUACAUUUGGUGGGGAGCUAUGCGGACACGAUAGAUCGACUGCUCUUGCUGAAGGAUCGGCGCACCGAGAAAUGCGAAAGUUCGGUCAUCGAUCGAUGAAUUCCACAAGUAUAAAGCAAUGGCAGUGGUUGCAAGAAGCGGAAGCGCGCAAGACGCUGAAACAAUUACUCCAUAAACCGGAGAACUGGAACGAGCUUUUCCAUCUUAAUGCCGGCUCUUCGAUCAUGCGGAUUGUCUAUGGCUAUGAACUAGCGCCCGAGAAUGAUCCACUACUGCGUCAUGCGAACAUGGUCAUGGAAGAUUUCUCCCAAGCGUGCGCUCCCGGGCGUUGGAUUGUCGAUGUUCUCCCUUUUCUCAAGCAUGUGCCGGAAUGGAUGCCCGGCGCUGGCUUCCAAAAGAUUGCCAAAAAGUGGUGGCUGGAUGUCGAUAGAAUGUAUCGGGCACCUUUCGAACUAGUCAAACAGCGCAUGGCAGCAGGUAUUGCGCUCCCGUCGAUAACUGCUCAACUCCUCGAGGUGAAGAAAGAACAAUCGGACGAGGAACACAUGAUCAGCGCUAUGGGUGCAUUGUAUGCUGGCGGUGUAGAUACCACGCCCGCCGCUCUGGGAAGCUUCAUGAUGGUGAUGAUUCUAUAUCCCGAUGUACAGAAAAAGGCGCAGGCUGAGUUGGAUGCGAUUGUCGGUCCAGAUCGGUUGCCCGGAUUCAUCGAUCAGGCUAAUCUUCCAUAUGUGAAUGCUCUCAUCAAGGAGAUACUGAGAUGGGCACCCAGCGUCCCCAUGGGGCUGCCACAUAGGCUCAUCCAGGAUGACGAAUAUAAUGGGUAUCGCAUCCCGAAGGAUACCAUUCUUUUGACCAAUAUAUGGCACAUGAAUCGCGACUCGGCCACUUAUCCAGAUGCACCGGAUUGCUUCAGACCCGAUCGUUUCCUAGGUCCAGACCCUGCCCCACACGGUUUCAGUACAUCCAACACCCAGGAAUUCGGUUCCCCGGCGUUCGGCUUCGGUCGACGUGUAUGCCCCGGAGAACAUUUUGCAUUCCCGUCACUGUUCAUCCUUUGUGCGAGCAUUUUGGCGACAAUGGAUAUUAGCCCCGCAAUGGAUGCUGCAGGGAAUCCUAUCCUGCCGCAGGUGCAAUUUUCUAGCGGUGUUAUCGCGCAUCCGAAACCAUUCCGGUGCAACAUUACUCCCCGAUCACACAAAGCGGUCGAUUUGAUCAACGUUUCCGGGUGA